AUGAUGAAAGCAUUUGAAGAUAUGAGCAAAUCCAACAAGGAAAUGAUGGACAGCUCGCUGAAGAGCUAUGCGGCCGUGACCAAGGGCAUGCAGGCCAUCGCCACCGAAGCCACCGACUAUUCGAAGGCUUCCUAUGAAGCCGGUGCCGCCGCUUUUGAAAAGCUGGCCGCUUCCAAGUCGCUGGAAAAGGCAAUGGAAGUUCAGACCGAAUACGCCAAGUCGGCUUAUGAAGGUCUGGUCGCUCAGGCCACCAAGAUGGGUGAACUCUACACCGAUCUGGCCAAAGAAGCCUACAAGCCCUUCGAAGACGACCAAUCGAAACCGGAGAUCAUGGACAGCUUGCCGGAUACCAGCAAACCACACCGCGUGCCCGCCCGCACGAACAUGUCGCCGAUCAGGGCCGCGGACGGCGACGAUGACCGCGAAGGCGGCACCGGCCGCGGCACCUCGGUCAUCACCCGAACCGAACCAAAGACCAAGAAACCAAGCCUCUACCGGGUGCUCCUGCUCAACGACGACUACACGCCAAUGGAAUUCGUCGUCCAUGUGCUCGAGCGCUUUUUCCAGAAAGACCGUGAUCAGGCCACGCGCAUCAUGCUGCAUGUGCACAAUCACGGCGUCGGCGAAUGUGGCGUCUACACCUAUGAGGUUGCCGAGACCAAGGUGACCCAGGCACUGACCUUCGCCAAUGAACGCGAACAUGAAUAUGCAACCCUUGAGCAUCUGCUGCUCGCGCUGAUCGACGACAAGGAUGCACGCGCCGUGCUCGAUGCGUGCAAUGUCGACAUGGAUGCGUUGCGCAAGACGCUGUCGGAUUAUGUCGACAACGAUUUGUCCAAUCUGGUCACCGGCUAUGAUGAGGACGCAAAGCCGACCGCCGGCUUCCAGCGCGUCAUCCAGCGCGCGGUGAUCCAUGUGCAGUCCUCGGGCCGCGAGGAGGUCACCGGCGCCAAUGUGCUGGUGGCGAUCUUCGCCGAGCGCGAGAGCCACGCCGCCUAUUUCCUGCAAGAGCAGAACAUGACCCGUUAUGACGCGGUCAACUACAUCGCCCACGGCAUCGCCAAGCGCCCCGGCGCCUCGGUCGCCCGCACGCCGAACGGCGCCGACGACGAGAACGAACCCAACCAGGCGAACGAGGGCGAAGAGGGCGCAAAGAAGCAGGAAAGCGCGCUCGGCGCCUAUUGCAUCGACCUGAACGCCAAGGCCAGGGGCGGCAAGAUCGAUCCGCUGAUCGGCCGCACCGACGAGAUCAACCGGACGAUCCAGGUGCUGUGCCGCCGCUCCAAGAACAACCCGCUCUAUGUCGGCGAUCCGGGCGUCGGCAAGACGGCGAUCGCCGAAGGGCUCGCCAAGCGGAUCGUCGAGGGCGAUGUGCCCGAAGUGCUGGCCGACGCCACCAUCUUCUCGCUCGACAUGGGCGCGCUGAUCGCCGGCACGCGCUACAGAGGCGAUUUCGAGGAACGGCUCAAGCAGGUCGUCAAGGAACUGGAAGAAUUUGACGGCGCCGUCCUGUUCAUCGACGAGAUCCACACCGUGAUCGGCGCCGGCGCGACGUCCGGCGGGGCGAUGGAUGCGUCCAACCUGCUCAAGCCGGCCCUGUCGAACGGUGCGAUCCGCUGCAUCGGCUCGACGACCUACAAGGAGUUCCGCCAGUUCUUCGAAAAGGACCGCGCGCUGGUGCGCCGGUUCCAGAAGAUCGACGUGGUCGAGCCGACGCUCGACGACGCGGUCGAGAUCAUGAAGGGGCUCAAGCCCUAUUUCGAGGACUUCCACAAGGUCAAAUACUCCGACGAUGCCAUCAAGUCGGCGGUCGAACUGUCGGCGCGCUACAUCAAUGACCGCAAGCUGCCGGACAAGGCGAUCGACGUGGUCGACGAGACCGGCGCGCGGCAGAUGCUGGUGCCCGCCAAGAAGCGCAAGAAGACGAUCAAUGUCCACGACAUCGAGGAGACGAUCGCAACGAUGGCGCGCAUUCCGCCCAAGUCGGUCUCCAAGGAUGACGAGAAGGUGCUUGCGAACCUCGAAAAGGAACUCAAGCGCGUCGUCUACGGUCAGGAUCUGGCGAUCGAGGCGCUGGCGUCCUCGAUCAAGCUGGCCCGCGCCGGCCUGCGCGAGCCCGAAAAGCCGAUCGGCGCCUAUCUGUUCUCCGGCCCCACCGGCGUCGGCAAGACCGAAGUCGCCAAGCAACUCGCAAGCUCGAUGGGCGUCGAACUGCUGCGCUUCGACAUGAGCGAGUAUAUGGAGCGGCACACCGUCUCUCGCCUGAUCGGCGCCCCGCCCGGCUAUGUCGGCUUCGACCAGGGCGGCCUGCUGACCGACGGCGUCGACCAGCAUCCGCAUUGCGUGCUGCUGCUCGACGAGAUCGAAAAGGCCCAUCCGGACCUGUUCAACAUCCUGUUGCAGGUGAUGGACCACGGCAAGCUGACCGACCACAACGGCAAGCAGAUCGACUUCCGCAACGUCAUCCUGAUCAUGACGACCAAUGCGGGCGCCGCCGAAAUGACCAAGAACGCGAUCGGCUUUGGCUCGUCGCGGCGCGAAGGCGACGACAUGGAGGCGAUCAACCGCCUGUUUACGCCCGAGUUCCGCAACCGACUCGACGCGAUCAUCCCGUUCGGUCCGCUGCCGGUGCCGGUGAUCCACAAGGUGGUGCAGAAGUUCGUCAUGCAGCUCGAGGCGCAGCUGUCCGAGCGCGGCGUCACCUUCGAUCUCGACAAGGCUGCCGUCGCCUGGCUGGCCGACAAGGGCUAUGACGAGCGCAUGGGCGCGCGGCCACUCGGGCGCGUCAUCCAGGAGCAGAUCAAGAAGCCGCUCGCGGACGAGGUGCUGUUCGGCAAGCUCAAGACCGGCGGCACCGUCAAGGUCACCGUCGCCAAGGACGAACUGGGCGAGGAGAAGCUCCAGCUCGAGGCCGUCGCCGAUGAGGUGCCGGUCAAGCCCAAGCGGGAGACGCCGGCCAAGCGCAAACCGCGCGCCAAGGCCAAGACCGCGACGACCAAGGCCAAGCCCGCCGCCAGCAAGCCGUCGACCAAGGGCGAUGGCGGCAGCUCCGCUGCGGCGCCCGGCAAGGGCGGCGAUUCCGGCGAAGCCAAGGCCUCCCGCUCGGCGGUGCCCCGCGUCUUUUCGCUGCCUGCCCUGAUGCUGAUGACGGCAUUUGUCGGCUUUGCCGGUUUUGCACGCGAGGCCGGCCUUCCCGCCGGGCAGGUCGUUUUGAUGACGCUGAUGAUCUGGGCGCUGCCGGCCAAAUUCGUCCUGGCCGCCGCCAUCCAGUCCGGCGCGUCGCUGGCCGCCGCCUUCAUCGCCGUGACCCUGUCGUCGGCGCGGCUGAUGCCGAUGGUCGUCUCGAUCGUUCCCGAAAUGCGCACGAAGGGCACGCGCACCUGGGUGCUGGUCUUCCUGUCGCAUUUCGUAGCGAUCACAGCCUGGGUCAUCGCGAUGGAUCGGUUCCGGGAGGUUCCGCGCGAGUGGCGGACGACGUUCUUUGCAGGCCUCGGCUGCACGCUGACGCUCGGCAACACCGCUUUGGUCGGCGUGGUCUACGGGCUCGCGCCCAGCUUGCCGGCGGAGCUGCUCGGCGCGCUGUUCUUCCUCACGCCGGUCUAUUUCCUGUGCUCGCUGUGGGGGUCCGCGCGCGAGCCGUCCGGCCAGUUGGCCAUGGUUUUCGGCCUGCUGCUGGGGCCGGUCUUCUACCUGCUCGUGCCAGGCGUCAGCCUUCUGGCGACCGGCGCGGUGGCUGGCGUUGCGGCAUACGGGGCAGGGCGCUUUGCGCGCUGGUGGGCCAACCGGACAUGA